CAUACAGAAGGGCCAGUAUAUAUUGAGCUGUUUUUGGGUUCCUUUCACGGCAGUACAAGGUGUGUCCUGUCACUGUAGGAUCCACUGGCCUCAGACAUGGCGCGUCUGGCCCUCCCUGUCUUCCUCGUUCUUUGCUUCUCCUUGCUCCACUUCAGCUGCAGCCGCCCAUCUCGCACCAGGAAGGCUGUGUUACCCCGUCAGUCCGGAGCUGCAGAAGAAGAUGAUGUGAUGUCCCAGCUUGAGAGGUUGUGGCAGGAGGUGAAUUCACUGAAGGAGAUGCAGGCGUUACAGACAGUCUGUCUCCGUGGCAUCAAAGCUCACAGAAAGUGUUAUCUUACAAUUGAGGAACCCAAACAUUACCAUGAAGCAAAUGAAGACUGUAUUGCACAAGGAGGAACUCUUGCAACGCCACGGGACAUGAUGGAAAACAAUGACCUGAGAGACUAUGCAAAGAGGAGUGCUCCAGGAUCCAAGGACUUCUGGAUCGGUGUAGCAGACAUAGUGAAAGAAGGCCAGUAUGUUGAUGUCAACAGCCUGCCAGUCAACUACUUCAACUGGGACCGCUCCAAGAAGCAGCCCACAGGAACGAAGAGGGAGAGCUGUGUUGCUCUUUCAGUGGCUGCACAAGGAAAGUGGUACGAUGAGGUGUGUCGCAGCCUCAAAAAGUACAUCUGUGAAUAUAUCAUUCCCUAAGAAGACAGGACAAGAUUGGUUGUUGGCAACUUGAUAAUCAUUUAUGCAAGUAAUUCGUAAAUCUGUGCUAAUUCAUAACAGAAACAUGACUUGCAUUAUGAAAUUAAUUUGUAUUAAAAUUUGUCUCAAUGGUUAUUAAUUAGGUUGUUAAUUAGCUUUAAUACAAACAGUAGUAACUGUAAUCAUCAGUAAUCAGGUGAAAGAUGACUUCUGUUUUACAACAGAUAACAGAAUGCUUCAUGUUCACUUGUGCAUAUCCCUAAUCCUCAGGUGAUGACUGAACUAAAGAAGACAUUCUGUUAGAAAUCAACAAGAAUGUAGACUUUGUUGUUUUGUUACAACUUUUGUUUACAAUUUUGUACAUACACUUUUCAGAACUUCACAAUUAUUUUUCUGCAUUAAAGAAUUAUUUUACCGCUGGAAA